AUGCGCGUCGAGCCAUCGCCGUAUGCCUUGAACAAUGUCAAGUCAGAAGAGAGUGCAAGCGAAACAGAAUGUGGGGCACCUGAUCAUGCAAUCACUGCAAGCAACGCCACCGCAACAGAAUCUGACCGUCAGGAAGAUCUAGGAAAACAGUUUAGCAGAUUACACAUUAUAUGCAAGAUAUGUGGUGGUGCCGU